AUGUCGUUUCGUUCGCUCGCAUCGCUGGUUCUGUCCCACAUUUAUUCGCGCACGAUAACAGGAAACUUCCCUCGUGUGCGCUUCCGAUUUUCUCUCUUACCAAAUCAGCGAUGCAGCAACCAAAAAAACAAACAACGAUGCCCGAGGAAAGCAAACGGCCCACCCUUUUUUAGGCUCCCGAGUCCCGAGCAAGGGUUAUCUCAAAAGAAAAAAAGUCCUGAGCGAGGGUUAGGUCUCCUGCCCGCGUGCACGCCGCCACCAUGCUUUCGCUCGAAAUCCCUGGUAUUCUCAUGGCUCACCCCUGACCCCGGCUCUGGUUUUCCUCAUACCAGCCGCCGGCGACCGGACUCGCUUCCUUCCUCCGACCUGUGGAUCGGCUCCACCGUCCCCAGAAUCCCCACUCCCUUCGCUGACUCCUGCUCCAACACUGAUGCGCUGACGCCGCCGCCUCCUGGUCGGCAUGCACGGCCGCACGCCCAGCAGUUACCGUGGCCGAUGAUGGAACAGCCCCGAGACCCUCCUUGUGUUGCAGUGCUUGGAGAAGAGGCAAGGCGCCCAGGGAGUCCUGAGAAGACGCCCUCGCCGCCGACCUUGAGGUACAGGUCUGUCUCCAUGAGCUCGAGGAAGCCAUGGCCGAUGCAUCCAGCUGUGGAUGCCGCAUCUUUGUGGCCGCCACCCUCCCUCACCGCCCUACACAACCGGCUCCUCGAUCACCUCGUCGCCGCCGGCGGCCUUCAGUUUUGUGAACUCCAUUUGCAGAGGUAGCUUAAGUGCAAUUUCAUUUCAGGGAGAGUUGGCACAUAUUUCUCCCUUUAGGCUGAUACUUCAGACUUCAGUACACAUCAAUAUGUACUGAAGUACAACUUCAGGUUUUAGUUACGGUUUAUGCACAUUGCCAUGUUCUAAACUUGUGAUCCAUGGAGACAUAGCAUGUUUUGUACAAAAAUAAAUCAUCGUAAUCUAAUCUCAUGCAACUUUAUGUACUAUUCUUUGUUGUACUAAGAAGCUGCAAAGCCCAAGCCUCGUGUAAAUAUAGGAGGGCAUCUCAGAAGAUAUGGGGUGAAUGAUCUACAUAAUUUUUGGGAUGCAGUAAAUCUAAAUCUUACCUCUCCCUUAGCCAUUUGCGAUCUGGCACC